AUGAGGUUGGAUCAGAUCAAUCAGAUGGAUGAGUUCUAUUUGAGGGCCUAUGAGAGGUCUGCACUGUAUAAGGAGAGGAUGAAACUAUACCAUGACAAACAUAUUGAGAAAAAAAGCUUUAAUCCUGGUGAUUUGAUGUUACUUUUCAACUCCAGACUUCGUUUGUUUCUGGGAAAGUUGAGAUCCAAAUGGUCUGGACCUUUUAAGGUAACGCAGGUGUUUCAGUCGGGUGCUAUUGAGCUGGAAAAUGAUAAGGGCGAGAGGUUCAAAGCCAAUGGCCAGCGAAUCAAGGCAUACUUGGGUGUUCUAGAGGAUGUGAAGAUUGUGGAGGAAUGUACUAUGCCUCCCCGACGAAAGAAUGUAACCAAACAUGCCCCCAUCACUGCUUCUCAAUCAGAAAGUCACAAUGACUCGGAGUCCAGUAGUUUUGAGGUGCAAAUAAAUGUCACACCUGAAGAUCACUUACCUCGGGCUACUAGAGCAUAG